AUUUGGUGUCCCCAUACAUGAAGUACCUACCUUCUCUUCCAGUAUUCCUGCACGUGCUGUUCUUCUAGUCGUGUUUUCUGUGUCCAAAUAUCAUUCUCAAAUCUCCUCCAGAACACGUCUAGACCAUCCUUUAGUCUUCAUUAACCCUCUUCAUUGUGGUUCUCCUCGUAUAAUUCAAUAACCGGUACUUUAAAGAUGGCUGCAGUCGACGAUUCCUCCACGAACAAAAACGGAAGCAGUAGCGAAGAAGGCAGUUUGACUGAAGUUGAAAAGAAGAUUGUCAAACAAAUGGAGUUUUAUUUUGGAAACAAAAACUAUCCUCGGGAUAAGUUUCUUCGACUAAAGGCUGAAGACGACGAUGGCUGGAUAACAUUUGAGUGUUUGCAAACAUUUAGUCGGUUGAAGGCUUUGUCAGUCAAUGAAGAAACCCUUGCUAACUCUGUGAAAAAAUCAAAAAGCCAGUUAUUAGAGGUUAGUGAUGAUGAUAAAAAAGUCAGAAGGCUGAAGUCAGUUCCUUUACCAGGAAACACAGUCGAAGAAAAACGAGAUGCCAAAGCCAAGACUAUUUAUUGUAAAGGGUUUCCCAAAGAGACAACCCUGGAUGAGUUGGAAGAGUUCUUCGGUCAAUUUGGAAAGGUUGUGUACAUCAUGAUGAGAAAGUUGUUUCAGUCCAAGGAAUUUAAGGGUUCAGUCUUUGUUGAAUUUUCUACUGUUGAAGAAGCAAAGAAGGUCUUGGGAACAGAAGACUUAAAGUACAAGGAUCAAGAGCUCAUUAAGAUGCUUAAAGAUGACUAUUACAAAAAGAAAAAUGAUGAAAGAGCUCAACAGAAAGACCAAGAGAAGAAGAAAAAGGAGGAAAGAGCAGAAAAGGAGAAAGAAGGUGAAAAGGAAGACGAGGAGGAAGUUCAAUACGUCAAUGGCUGUGUUCUUCACUUCAAAGGUGUUGGUGAACAGACUUCAAGAGAGGAUCUCAAGGAACUGUUUGGUGCUCAUGAAGAGAUUGACUGGGUUGAUUAUGCACGUGGAGAAACAGAGGGAUAUGUACGGUUUACUUCAGAAGGAGCAGCCCAACGGGCUAUCGAUGCUAUCAAGGGAGACAACGAUGGCAAGAUCGUUAUCCGAGAUACUGAGACUGAAGUUCGUGUUCUUGAAGGUGAUGAAGAAAAAGAGUAUUUCGUCAAAGUAAAAGAGGAGAAAAUUCAACGAAGACAAAAAAAGCAAGACAGGAGAGGCGGAUCGGGUAAGCGUGGUCGAGGAGGCGGACGAGGGCGAGGAAGAGGAAGAGGGCGAGGAAGAGGAAACUACAGCUGGAGAGAAAAUAAGAAUGACCAAGACGCGUCUGAUGAUAAAACCGAGAAAAAGCCUGAGGCUUCUAAUAAACACAUCCAUUUUGACGAUGAAGCUGAACCACCCGCAAAACAAGCAAAGACAGAAUAAGAUUAUCUUAGCAUUGACACACCCAACGCUGAAGUAACAAACACACGCAUCAAGCACACACUAACCCUCCCACCCACGGAGAGUGGGACACGCCGAACUAUAUUUGACUUUAGUAGGGAUGAGCAUGUUUCAACUUUUUUUAUUUAGUUUUAGUUUUUUAUUCCAGUGCAAGAUGGCACGAGUAAAGUCAUCAUAAAGACUUGUUUCAUUUUACUCCGUCUGUAGUAGGGCUCCUUGUUGUUACUAAAGAAAAAGAGGAGCCCGAGGAUGAAGGCGAAAAUCUAGUAAUAGACUUUACCAGAAUGGCGAGUUAGUGUUAUUUGGUCGAUAUUUAGAAUAUUAAUUCCAGGCCAACAAAAAUAUCAUGACUCGAAAGAGCUAAUCAAAUAUAAUAAAAGUGGAGAACCUGUUGGUCUUGAGGGAUUAUUUGAAAUGUGACGCUAGACGUGCGAACUGCCCAGUUGCUCCCGGAGUAAAUACCAAACAGUGAACAUAGGCAGCAGGCAAUGGCUCCAUUCUAGUGGAAUUGAUGUGUUCAUAAAAGUGCUGUAUUUUAUGGAGUCCAAUCUCGAAUUCGAGUCAUUGUUUAGUGUUUACUCGAACGAAUAGACCUUUCCCGAAUUCGCUUGACUGACCACGAAAGAAUGGUUUCAAGUCGAGGUUGAACUUGAUGAACAAAAGAAUAAAAGUCUCGACUUCAAACCAUUGUUUCGUGGUCAUCCAAGCGAAUUCGUUAUAGGUCUAUUCGGCAAAGUUUUAUUGUACGUGGCAGUACAAUGUAUUCAUAACAUUUGUCUUUCUAACUAUUGUGAUAGUGUGUUAUUCAUAAUAAACGCUGAUGAUUGAA